AUGGAGGGUUACCGUAGGUGCAACAACUGUGGCAAGGAAGGCCACUUUGGGAAGGAUUGUCCCAACCUUGCUAGAGCAGCAACACGUCCUCCAAUUCAGACUCCUCACCAGCACCAGCAGAGAGACAGAAACAAUAGGCCUCAGGCGACAGACAGAGUGUAUGCCAUGACAAGAGCGAAAGCGGCAGGCUCAAGUAACCUUGUUAUGGGUCGAUGUGUGAUUACGGGUGAAUCUUUGUGUGUGUUGUAUGAUUCUGGAGCGACACACUCCUUUGUGUCAAUUGCUUGUGUGGAACAUCUGGGUCUGCAGGUGCGCGAGCUACAAUAUUGUCGAGAGAAGAAGCUGCUUUUUCCCAACUCAGAGGAACCUGAGUUGUUAUCAUCUCAAGGGGUUGUGAAUGAACUACGAGGGGAAGAAGUGUCAGGGUUACCUCCCCACAGAGAGGUGGAGUUCUUUAUCGAUCUAGUGCCGGGGACGGGUCCGGUAUCAAUGGCUCCAUACUGCAUGGCUCCGGCGGAGUUGGUUGAAGUUAAGAAACAAAUUGAGGAGCUAACGGCGAAGCAGUUUAUACGAUCCAACACUUCACCUUGGGAAGCACCAAUGCUGUUAGUGAAGAAGAAGGAUGAGAGUUCAUUGUUCUUGAAGAUUGAUCUGCGGUCGAGAUACCAUCAGAUUUUGAUAAAGGCUGAUGAUGUAGAGAAAACGGCCUUUAGGUCCAGAUAUGGUCACUACGAGUAUGUGGUUAUGCCUUUUGGUGUGACCCACGCUCCGGCGACUCAGGAGGAGCAUGCUGAACACCUGAGAUUAGUGCUUGGCGUUAUGAGGGAAAAGCAGUUGUAUGCUAAGCUAUCUAAAUGCGAGUUCUGGAUGGACGAAGUGCAGUUUCUGGGCCAUGUGAUAUCUGCACAAAGCAUUGUAGUGGAUCCAACGAAGAUUGAGGCGGUGGUUAAGUGGGAAAGUCCUAAGUCUGCCAUAGAGAUCAGGAGCUUUGUGGGGCACUAUCUCUAUCGUGCUCAGUUCUGUGUGUUCAGCGAUCAUAAGAGCCUCAAGUAUUUGUUUGACCAGAAAGAGCUGAGCAUAAGGCAGAGGAGAUGGAUGGAAUUCUUGAAAGACUACAAUUUUGAGCUGCUAUAUCAUCCGGGGAAGGCCAAUGUUGUAGCAGAUGCCUUGAGUAGGAAGAUGGUAGAGUUGAGAUCUGAGUCCAUUAGAUGUAGUACCCUUACUAUAUCUAGUGACUUUUUGGACUCAGUCAGAGAGAGGCAGUUGUUGGAUGCCAGUCUAAACCGAGUCAGAGAACAACUUGGGUCGGAUGAGGUUAGAGACUUUGCCUUGGGUAAUGAUGGUAUACUGAGAUUUCAGGGUAGAAUCUGUGUACCUACUGAUGCAGAAGGGAUGAAGAAGGAUGUGGCCCUUUUUGUAUCAGCCUGUCUGACCUGUCAGAAGGCGAAGGUGGAGCACCAGAGGCCUAGUGGGAUUCUACAGCCUUUGGAGAUAGAUACCAGUGUGGAAAUGGGACAACAUCUCCAUGGAUUUUGUGACCCAUCUGCCAUGGACUUUUAG